UGGCUGCUUCGACGCCAUUUUGGCGUGAAUAAGACCGAAAUAAUUUGGAACUUUCCCGAUGUUUGCCCCGUACAGACGCAGUACAGCUUUUCAAAGUUCAUUAUCGACAUCAUAUAAACUUUGUACGUGUCAGGAAGCUUCAAAGCCAUUUUGGAGCUUUCGUUUAAUCGUGAAUGGAGUAAUAUGAAUCUUGACUGUUUAUCAUGUGCUUUGGCUGAAAUUAGUUAUUCAGUGGCAAACCUAACAAAGAAAAAUUUCAAAGCCGUCGUUACAGAAAUAAACCACCUUGUAAGCCAGCACGGAGCAGACGCUGAUAGGCAUCUGUUCCGUUGCCUAUUUUCUCAUAUAGAAUUUGGAGGAGACGGGAAAGGCAGUGGCAAAGAUUUUCAUCAAACUCAGUGCUUAAUUCAAGAGUGUAGCACACUAAUAAAUAAACCAGACUUUGUUUCAAUCUUGUGUAACGCUAUAGACAACCCAUUACAACAACAGAAGAGCCUAAAGCCCUCGUCACACCUAUUUCCUCAGCUAAGUAAAGUGCUGAAGUUAAGUAGGGUUCAAGAAGUGGCCUUUGGUUUAGCGUUAUUACAUUCAACCAAUCAAAACAUCAGUACGCAAGCUGGACAAUUUGUGAAGCAGAAAUUUCCUGAUCUUGUUCAUUCAUACGUGGAUGUAGAUAGUGCAAGUCAUCAAGAAGGCGGCCUGCAAGAUACAGCCAUAGAAACUCUACAUUUUCUUCUAAGCCACUUAUUACAUGGAAAAAACCAGUUGGGUGUAGGAGUAGAACAAAAAGAAGCCUUAUUGAAAGCCUUACGUAGAGAUUUUCCUCGAGAACGUGUACCAGCUGUGCUUAAUCUUAUUCUCUACCCAGAAUUAGAGGACAUACCAACAAACAAACUUUUUGAUACAUCAGUUUUACCAAGUUCUAUGAUGGCCGCUUCUUUAGCAGAUUUGAUAUUGGAAUCAGGAUGCGGUUGCACAGUUACAGUAGAAGAAUGCCGAAAUCGGUUGAUGCAGUUUGGUGUGAAAGAAAUAACUCCGUCAUCAAUUGCAAAAGUCUUAGGAAUGAUGGCCCGGUACCCCAAUGGCUUGAAUGAACAGGUGCCGACAAAUCCUGGCUGGAAUGACACUCAAGGUGAGACAAUUUGGAACGAAGAAGUAUUUGUCUUAGUAGUGAAAGAUCUCGCUCCACACUUGAAUUGGAAGGAAGUUGUAGCUAAUUUAGACUACCCAGGUUUUAUUGUCUCUAAUAACAAAGGCCUUCGUCUGCUCGUCCAGGCACUAUUCCGUGGAUUGCAAGCCAUCUUCCCUGUUGAGUAUAUCUACAAGUCAUGGCAUAAUGUUGAAGGUCAGCUGUCUUUUAUCAAUAAUGCUCUACGCUCCCCAGAUGUGUUCAGUUUUGCUGAUUAUCCAGGUGACACAGUGCUUAUUGACAUACUCAAAACAACUCCUAAUGAAGACGAUCGUGACAUUAAAACUUGGAAAUCUCUUGAUCUGGUAGAAACCUUGCUGAGAUUGUCUGAAUCUGGACAUUACCAACCAAUUCAUGAUUUGUUCAAAGUCCCCAUUCAAAAAUGUCCAGACAUUUUGGUUUUGGCACUACUUCAAACAAAAACCUCAUGGAAUAUUUUGAAACAAGAACUUAUAUCAACAUUGAUGCCAGUAUUCUUGGGCAGCCAUACCAAUUCAGCCGUUGUACUGCAUUAUGCUUGGCACCACCAAGGCCAUUCAAAUAAUAUCAGAACCCUUAUAAUGCAUUCAAUGGCAGAAUGGUACAUGCGUGGAGACCAACAUGAUCAGAUGAGAUUAUCAAGAAUUCUAGAUGUAGCCCAAGACUUGAAAGCACUUUCUAUGCUCCUGAAUGCCACACCAUUUGCAUUUGUCAUAGAUUUAGCAUGCUUGGCAUCGAGAAGAGGAUACCUAAAAUUAGAUAAAUGGCUGUCAGAUAAAAUCAAUGAACACAAGGAACCCUUUGUUCAGGCAUGCGUUAAUUUCCUUAAAAGAAGAUGCCCCCAACUGCUUGGAGCACCUUUAAAAGAAGAUCACAAUCAAUUGAAAAGUCAGCAGCUGCUGCCAGAAACUGUGGCAACCAUGCUUAAUCAUCUUAAAACUUGGUCAAGCCACGUUUCUCAAGAACUUGCUGAUGCCAUAUCUGCCAUGUACAGCAAUGCAGGUUCCCUGUUUAAAGCAAGGCAAGCUCAGCCCCCACCUGGACCAACUGGUGGUCAAUUUCCUAAUGUCAGCCCCCUGGAUGUUUUGUCUGGAAUAGGUGUCCUAGGAGGACACAAUCCUGCUGUAUCACAGACAUCAGUUUCGUCAGCUUUUCCGCAAGUUUCAUCAGGAUUUCAACAAACUGCUCCUCCAUUGCCACCUGCCAACACAGCUACACCAGGUUCUCCCUCUAAAGCUUUCCCUGGACUUUCUCAAAGCACACCUGGUUUUAACACUAUCCAUAAUUUGUCAUCUCAGUUUCAGACCUCUUCAACUGGUCCUCCAGGUGAUAUGUCAGGAAUCUUCCCAGAGAUGAAUCAACAAUUCAGCAAGGAUGUAGAAGACAAGGCUAAUACAUACUUUCAACAGAUCUACAAUCAGCCACCCCAUCUUACCAUGACAAUAGAUGAAGUCUUGGACAUGUUGAAAAGAUUCAAAGAUUCCCAAAAUAAGCUGGAACGAGAUGUAUUUGCUUGUAUGUUGAGAAACCUUUUUGAAGAAUACAGAUUUUUCCCCCAGUAUCCUGAAAGAGAACUUCACACAACUGCUGUCUUGUUCGGAGGAAUCAUAGAACAAGGGAUUGUCACAUAUUGGACCUUGGGAAUAGCUUUGAGGUACAUUUUGGAAGCCUUACGCAAACCCCAUGGCAGUAAGAUGUAUUAUUUUGGAAUUGCUGCACUUGACAAGUUCAAAUCCAGACUUAAGGAUUACCCCCAGUACUGUCAGCACUUGGCUGCUAUUCCACAUUUCUCCCGUUUUCCACAACAUCUGAUUGAGUAUGUGGAAUAUGGAGCCAGAUCCAAAGAGCCACCUCAUAUGCCACAAGCAGUCCCAGGAUCGCUUUCACAGUCUUUAUCAGGUUUAUCUAUUCAAGGUGGCCCAAUGGGCAAUAUGCCACCAAGAUCAACUGCCACACCCCAAGAAGGAUGGCCGGAUGUAAGUGGUGGAACUGCUCCUAAGAUGACAUCAGCUCCCACAGCCCCUGCUACACCAGCAACUACUUCAGCUGAGAUCAAACCCCCUGUUGGUGCUACAUUCCAAAAGCCUUCAAUUGCUACAGCUACUAACAUUGAUACAUUGCUUGCUGGUCAACAGAAGGAUGAAGUUGCUGUACCACCUGAAGCACUCCAAGAUAAAGUCUUCUUUAUUUUUAACAACCUUUCUCUGGCUAAUAUGAGUCAAAAAGGAGAAGAGCUGAAGGAACAGAUUGGUGAAGAAUACAUACCAUGGUGUUCCCAGUAUCUCGUUAUGAAAAGAGCUAGUAUUGAACCAAAUUUCCACACCCUGUAUUCUAACUUUGUAGAUGUUCUGCAAAUACAGGAAUUGACUGAUCUCAUAAUCAAAGAAACCUUCAGAAAUAUCAAAGUUCUGUUGAGAAGUGACAAAGGAGUUGCUAACUUCUCUGAUAGAACCUUAUUGAAGAAUUUAGGACACUGGCUUGGAAUGCUUACAUUAGCCAAAAGCAAACCCAUCCUACAAAUGGAAAUAGAUGUCAAGUCUCUAAUCUAUGAAGCUUACCAAAAAGGUGCCCAGGAGUUGCUGUAUGUGGUGCCUUUUUCAGCAAAGGUAUUAGAAUCUUGCUCUAAAAGCAAAGUUUUUAAAGCCCCAAAUCCUUGGACACUUGGUAUAAUGAAUGUACUAGCUGAACUUCACAUGGAACCUGAUUUAAAACUGAAUUUGAAGUUUGAAAUUGAAGUGUUGUGUAAAACACUGAACAUAGACAUCAAUGAACUAAAGCCCACCAAUUAUUUGAAGGAUCCAAUGAGGAUAUCAAGUAUAGAGCCCCAGUUGUCAGCACCACGUCCACAAGAAACUGUCACAACCCCAACACCUCAACCAUUUGCAGGUGCCUCAAAUUCUUUGAUGAAUACACUUCUACCACCCAUGAUCACAACAAUAAUGGGUUCUGGAACAAGCACUACAACUACCAUCUCAGCCACUACUCCAAGUCUGCCGCCACAACCCCAGUAUAGCUUCAAUGAGAUCAAUACCCACUCAUUAUCAGGGCUGGCUCAACAUAUCAUCAUAAGUGACCAGAUUGCAUUGUUCCAUACUAAUCCCCAACUCAAGCAAUAUGUCAGAUCUGCCUUGGAAAAAGCUGUCCAAGAACUCCUUCCUCCAGUUGUUGAAAGAUCCAUAAAAAUAGCUUUAACAACAUGUGAACAGAUUGCCAAAAAAGACUUUGCCCUUGAUCCGGAGGAAGGCAGGAUGAGAUCUGCAGCUCACUCAAUGGUUCGAAAUAUAACAUCAGGUCUUGCUCUCAUCACUUGCAGAGAGCCUUUGUUUAUCAACAUCUCUAACAACUUGAAGACUGCAUUCAUGGCAACAUUAAGAGGAGCAAAUCCUGCUCAAAAAACAGUAAUUGAAGAGGCAGUCCAAGCUUUAGCCCAAGACAACACAGAACUUGCCUGUGCAUUCAUCCAGAAAACAGCUGUUGACCGAGCAAUCCCCGAAAUGGACAAGAGGCUGUCAUCAGAAUUUGAUUUGCGUAAACAUGCAAGAACAGAAGGAAGAAGAUACUGUGACCCUGUUGUUUUGACUUACCAAGCAGAGAGAAUGCCAGAACAAAUAAGGCUUCGGGUAGGAGGUGUAACACCUCAGCAAAUAGCUGUUUAUGAAGAAUUUGCAAGAAACAUUCCUGGCUUCCUGCCAAUGACUACUGACACCAAUUUUCCACCAGGAGUUACUAAACCCAUACCGUCAUAUGCCCAGGAUGAAAUAAUGAUAAUCUAUGAAAAGAUAGUGCGAGAGAUUGAGCAACAUCUACAACAGAUGAUCAACAUCCCAUCUAGUAAUCCUAUGAUAGCACAACUCAACAGUUUGAUGGAAGCAAUCAUCCUUGCCAGACAAAAUCGAGAAAUGGUCACAGCUGUAGCACUGCUUCAAAAAGCAGUAGAGGGCUUACUUGAUCAGUACACUUUAACAAGUAUGUCUGAGCAAGAACUGUUCUUAAGAUACCGGGAAUGUCAUCUUUUAGUUCUACGAGGGCUUCAAGACCAACGGGCUUAUGGUAGUCAAUGGGCAAGCAAAGAAGUUACAAGAUGCCUUAUCCAGUGUCGAGAUGAAUACAAAUAUAAUUUAGAAGCUGUGGAUCUGUUGAUCAGGAGUCAGUUAGUCAACUUGCAAAAUUACGACAUUUAUCUUGCAAAUCUCUUGCAAAAUGGCAUGAACAUCACAGCAUUACAGUUUGCCAUGCAACUUAUUCAGAAAUAUUGUACUGAUGAUAAGAGCCCCGUUUCAGAUGCAGAUUUUGCCACUACUGUAGAAACAUUGACCAUGAUUGCAGCUAGAUCCAGACAACAACCUGAAGGACUUACAACCUUGAUAGAAAUGAUUCGUCAAAAGACUCAGCAAAACAGCGAGACAAACAUGGGAAUGGAUCGUUCCUCUGGCAGUAGCACAACUUCCAUGAUGCAGUCAGGCAUUUCACAAGCUAGAGAGUUUGAUGAUCCUCCAGGACUUCACGAGAAAACAGAAUAUCUUUUACGAGAAUGGGUUACCAUGUAUCACUCUCCUGCUGCUGGACGAGACAGCACCAAAGCAUUCACAGCCUUUGUACAGCAAAUGCAUCAACAGGGAAUUCUCAAAACUGACGAUCUCAUUACCAGGUUUUUCCGUCUUUGUACAGAAAUGUGUGUGGAUCUUUGCUAUAGAGCUUUGAGUGAACAGACCCACAGCCCAACUUUGAUCAGAGCUAAAUGUUUCCACACUUUGGAUGCAUUCGUUAGACUCAUUGCAUUGCUUGUGAAGCAUUCUGGAGACUCUGCCAAUACAGUCACCAAAAUUAACCUGUUACACAAAGUUUUAGGAAUAGUAGCUGGUGUGUUGAUUCAAGAUCAUGAAGUUCGCUGCACAGAAUUCCAACAACUACCCUACCAUCGUCUCUUCAUCAUGUUGUUCAUUGAGUUGAAUGCACCAGAACCCAUUCUGGAAAGCAUAAACUUACAAGUUCUUUUGGCAUUUUGUCAAGUUUUUCAUAUCCUGCGUCCAGCUAAAGCUCCUGGGUUUGCUUAUGCCUGGUUGGAGCUGGUGUCCCACAGAGUUUUCAUAGGUAGACUACUGGCUCUCACUCCACAACAGAGAGGAUGGGGAAUGUAUGCCCAGCUCCUGAUGGAUUUGUUUAGAUUUCUCUCACCUUUCCUGAGAAAUGCAGAACUAAGCAAACCUACGCAGUUGAUUUACAAAGGAACAUUAAGAGUGUUGUUGGUGCUACUUCAUGAUUUUCCUGAGUUCCUGUGUGAUUAUCACUACGCCUUUUGUGAUGUUGUGCCGUCUAACUGCAUCCAGAUGAGGAAUCUGAUCUUGAGUGCAUUCCCAAGAACCAUGCGCCUUCCAGAUCCUUUCACACCAAACCUUAAGGUUGAUAGUCUACCAGACAUUGCACAACAACCUCGCAUAUUAACAAACUUUGUCUCAAUGAUUCAGCCAUCAUCAUUUAAGAAAGAUUUGGACUCAUAUCUGAAAACAAGAGCUCCUAUCAACUUUUUAUCGGAGCUCAGAAGCAAUCUUCAACAGUCUGUGGAACCGGGAUGUCACUACAAUAUUCCUCUAAUUAACGCUCUGGUUUUGUAUGUAGGUACUCAAGCCAUUCAUUUCAUCCAUGGUAAGGGUCAAUCAUCCAGUAUGGGAACCAUAGCUCCAUCAUCCCACAUGGACAUUUUCCAAAAUCUGGCUGUGAACCUUGACACCGAAGGUCGUUACCUGUUUUUGACUGCAAUAGCCAAUCAACUAAGAUAUCCAAAUAGCCACACACACUACUUCAGUUGUACGAUCCUGUAUUUGUUCGCUCAGGCUAACAAUGAGCAGAUCCAGGAGCAGAUAACACGUGUUUUGCUGGAGCGUCUGAUUGUCAACAGACCUCAUCCAUGGGGUCUUCUUAUUACUUUCAUUGAAAUGAUCAAGAAUCCAAAUUUCAAAUUUUGGAAUCAUGAAUUUGUCCAUUGUGCUCCAGAGGUAGACAAAAUGUUAGAAUCUGUUGCUCGAUCAUGUUUGCAGACCCCCAAACAACCUCCACCGGCUCGCGAACCAGAAAAUGCAGAGGUUCAUUAAACACUGUGUAAUUGAGAAAUCAAACUUUGGGUUGAUUUUGUGACCUUUGACCUGUGAUCUAUUUUGUGUGAUUUGUGAUUGACUAAACCAAAGUGCUGUUUUAUUUAGCAUCCAAGACUUAAGCAUCUAAUAGUUUAAUAGUAUCUGAUGGGAAAAUAACUAAAUAAGUUAAUGUUUAAAAAACGGCCUAGAAACUCAAAAUUUAAUUGUAUUUUAACAUCUAAUAAUAAUUGAGUGUCUUGUGUGAAUUAAAGUUAGAUUUUAUUUUUAUCUGAAACUGGUAUAUAAUUUAACCUCUUCACCAGAUUGGUAAUAAAAUUUUAGGUUUAAAUGGCUAUUAAUGUCUCCUUAUUAGUCCUUAUUCAAAUUAGAUAUUUGUUUUUCAUAAUUUUAUGGUUUUUUUAGGAAGUUAAUAUUGAUGUUUGUGAAAUUUUAUUUACUGCUAAGUGCUAGCUUUAUGUCGAAGAUAAUUUGUCAUUUAUUUAUUGACAUUCAUACAUGCAUGUGUAUGUCAUUCUUCUUUACUGCAGAAUUUUUUUUUAUAGCUGAGUCUAUGCUAUUGUAGUACACAGUUAUAUAAUAGAUUGGUUUGGCAACAUUUGGUCAGCUUUCCACAUAGGUGUGCUGGGUCUGUUAUCUUUUUUAGGGCUUUUACCCAAAUUUGGCCCAAAAAAUCUGAUUAUUACAUGAAAAUAAAAUUUAUGUGCUGUUCUGAAAUCUUCAUUCUUAUUUUGGAAUCCUAGUUUACAUAUUACUAUUAUUUGAAAGAAAUCUUGUUAUAUUUUUAGGGUUUCGUAUCCCCGGUUGUACGUGGCAAGGAGUAGGGUCGCCUGUCCAGCCUCGUGGGUUUUCUCCGGGUCCUCCGGUUUCCUCCCACUGCUAAAGACCCCUACGCGCAAGCGAAUUAUUGAAAUAAAAUUAAACCGUAUGUUAGUCCCGAAAUGACCUAGUUUGUGUCGAGUGGACGUUAAACCCCUUCUCUCUCUCUCUCUCGUUAUAUUUUUAGCCUAAAGAUCUACGAUUUUAGGUCACAGCCAAUGAAAAAUGCAGUAUUCUAAAUUAUUUAAGUUUUAAUGAAAGAGGAUAGCCUUGAUUACUCCUGUGUAAAAUUGUCUCUAAUUGUUAACGGUCAUGCACAGUUUUGCUUAUGUUUUACGGUUGGCCGAGAAGAAGUUUGACUUCUGUCUGAAGUAUGCAGAAUGCAUUGUUAACUGUUUGCUCAAAAAAAUUUCUCAGAAUUCUUGGUGUGAUAUGAAUGCGAAUAGAUAAUUGCAAGCAAUGCCAUUUUGUCCUCACUAAUAUUCAUUGUCGUCGAAACUGAGGAAAACUAGGCUGGAGUUAUCGAGACAGGAGUGCGACGCUGACCACUGUUGUCUAAUGGCGACUUUAGUUGUAAAAACUUCCAAUCAGCUAAUUUAAUAAGGCCUAUCAUUUACAUAUUUAUAUUCUACUUAACUUAAAUCACUAUGUUCAUUCUUAUUGUGUCAUUUAUCAAAGAUUCAAAUUUUUUUUAGUCUACAUUUAGAUGUUCAUCAAAUACAGUUGAAAGAAUUAUGUUCAAUUAUGCCUUUGCAGUCACAAUUGUAUUUGCUUUUAUUCUUUAAUGGUAAAUAUUUCAUCAAUUUAAUCUUUAUUGAGCAUUUUGAAGUUAUAAUUGUUAAGUUGUUAUUUUUGGAAAAUUUAUAUCAUCUAUGCUUAGAAUGGUUAUGUAUGUGUUAUGCUGGAUGUCAUUGGCUAGUUUGAAAAGCCAUUAAAUUGUCCCUAUCAUAAGAUCUUAAGAGAUUUGUUAGAAUAAGCUACAAAUAUUUGUUAUGUUGGUGAUUGGUUAAUUUGAACAGAAUUUCAACCAAUCUGAUUGUCUCUAUUAUCAUAUAUGUAUAUAAACAUGCUUCAUUUUCCCCAUUGAUAUUUGCUAUAUGUGUGAAUAUGUAAAUAUUAAGAUACUAGUGGAAAUAAUAAAGCCGGGUGCACACUAAAUUUUUGUCUGACCUCUUAGAUUUUAAUAGGGUUUGAAAAACUGUUUUGAUGGACGGGACUAGAAAUUAAAAUCUGUAGUAUUCCAUUGCUUUGUAAAUGUGGGAUUACAAAAAUGAUGGAAGGCACCCAACUAAGUUUGACAGAAAUGAAAAUGUCCAGUGUGCACUCGGUUUCAUGGGUAUUUUUGUGAUUACAAGUGUAGAUAUUAUCCUGUGUAUUAAAUAUGUUGAACUGUACCAGUGGGUACAUGCAUCGUAAUAUUUUUUCCUGCUAUCAUUUAUAUAUUAUACUAUAAUUGUUAUUACUUUAUAUUAUAAUGUAAACACAACCCUGUGUGGUUUGACGAAAACAAAAAACAAACCUUUAACAAGAAUAUAGUUUAUAGGUCAAUUA